AUGACUUCAGAAGACCAGGAAUUGUUGGCUCGCAUCAGCCAGUUGGCAGGCCACAUCAACCGCCACAAGAAUCAACAGGCCGGCAUCUCCUCGGUGCCCUCGUCUCCUUACAACAACUACAGCACCCCGCCCUCAUCAUCGACGCACCAUGCACCAUCGUACAGACGCCAACCAUAUGCCUUACGAGGACGCGGUUUCGGUAGCGGCGGUUAUCGAGUCAAUAGGCCAGCGCCGUACCGAAAUCGAACGCUCGUCCUGAACGGCUCCGGCGCCCCGAGCAGGUCCGACGGGGCCGAGAACGGCGAUUCGACGGCCGCUUCGGACAGUGGCAGUGGCAGCGGCGGCCCAUCCACGACGUGGGUUGCCCGGAACGACCGCCAUAUGCAGCUCAUCAACGCGGAUGUAUACGAGAAGGAUGCCCAGUCACGGGCCCGUGCCAUUGAGAAGACGCGAGUUGAGGGCCAAAAGAUGCGCGACGCCCGCGAACGGGCCAAGCUCCGAAGGCAUUUUUCGCAUCUCGCCCACGGACGGCCGACGGCCAGCAACGGCAACGGCAGCCGAAGCGGAAGCACUACACCACAGUCCUACCAGGUUGUGAUUGAAGGCAUCCCGUUUGCCGUGGCCAAGAACGGCAGCAAGCUCAUGAAACUACCCAGUGCGUCGGCCUUGCUCCCGCUGUCCCCGCCUCGCUCACCUGGCUGUGACUUUUAUGAAGACUCUGCUCACCCGUCGUUAGCCGACCCGCACCCGGCGUCCAGCACGCCCAAGACGGCCGUUGUUGGCGGUGUCAAGUUCUACCGCAGCAAAAACGGCAACCUCUACCGCCACGGCGUGGUCAAGGCCCAGCAACGGCGCGGAGGCAGCACGAUCAAGAAGACGGACGAGCCCUGUAGGGCGUUCUCCACGACCGGUUCAUGCUCCAAAGGACCCAGCUGCCGGUUCCUGCACAACGCAGCCAAGGUGGCCGCGUGCAAGGAUUUCCUGCUCAAGGGCGACUGCGCCCGCGGCAGCGACUGCGACCUGUCGCACGAUCUGACCCCUGAACGCACGCCGUUCUGCGUGCACUUUGCCAAAGGCAACUGCACAAACCCCCACUGCUCCUAUACUCACUCGCAGGUUUCGUCGGGCGCGCCAGUGUGCCGGCCCUUUGGUCUCUACGGCUACUGCGACCGCGGCGCCGACUGCACGGCGCGCCAUGUGUUUGAAUGCCCCGACUUUAGCAACACGGGCGUCUGCAAAAUCAAGGGCUGCAAGCUGCCGCACCGCGAGCGGGCCAGCUUUAUGCGGCGGACCAUCGAGACGGCCGACAAGUCGGAGACCACCGACAGCGACAGCGCGUACGUCGACGUGUCGAGCGACGACGAGUCGGUGAACAGCGACGAUGUUGACUCGGACGAGGUCGACGAGUUUGUCGGCGCCGACGGCGACGAGGCCGACCUCGACUUUGUGACCCAGAAAGACUACAUUGAGAUUUGA